GGAUGUGCUCGACAUGGCACCCCGCAGUGGGCAGUGGGCUCCACUCAGGGUUCCGUACUGCACCUUUAACUUCUGAGCCGAUUUCCAGAAAACAACAACCUGUAACAGGCUCAGUGAUCCUCCCCCUGAUGGAUUAUUUAACAGGCGCUGAGUCCCAUGUCGCCAUCUGCUAGAGGAAGAGAAAAUUCUCCGGGAAUAUUCUCCGGGGCGCAUGCCGUCAGCAAACAGGGCAAAUUAACGAAUUAAACAAAGAUAGUUUCGUGGCACUCACACUCACCAAACUUUGCGCAACAGGUGUCCAGCAUCCCGUGGGCGCCAGAGAGAAAAGGAGCGGAUAAAUGAGCCACCUCGUCGGGCAGAAACAUAGAAAGCAGAUACGGACAUUGCGUUUGAUCCUUUGGCUCUGUGAUGAGGCGGCGCGACAACUGAGUUUCUCCCCCCACUAAACCAACCGGGGGACUGACACAGACGCUUGUGUAGGCGCAAUGGCGACCCCAUUAGCGCGGUGAACUGAUCGGGCUCAACAGCAGGCAACCAGAGGAAGGAGUCGUCCGAUCUGCAGAAGAAGUGAUGGUAGUGGAGGUGGACGAGGCGCUGCUCGCCGCGAGGCAAGGUGACGUGCAGACGCUGAAAUUGCAAUUGGCGCAAAAAGCGCUCACCGGCGACGUCAGGGACGUGCUGGGGGCUUCCCCGGUCCACCACGCAGCCCGAGCCGGGAGACUAACCUGCCUGCGUUUCCUGGUGGAGGAGGCCGGACUUGCGGGUAACUGCCUGGCGAACAACGGGGCAAGCCCGGCGCAUGACGCAGCGGCCACCGGCAACCUGGCGUGCUUACAGUGGCUGCUGACCCAGGGUGGAUGUCGGCCAGAGGACAGGGACAGUUCUGGUGCCACCAUUCUCCACCUUGCAUCCCGCUUCAGUCACCAUGAGAUCACUGACUGGCUGCUGAAGAGCGGCGAGGUGGACCCCGGGGCCUCCACCGAUACGGGCGCCGUACCUGUUCACUAUGCUGCUGCCAAGGGAGACCUGCCCUCUCUCCGACUGUUACUGGGGCACAGCCCAAACGUUGUCAACUCCCAAACUAAGAAUGGUGCCACUCCGCUUUACCUGGCAUGCCAGGAGGGUCAUCUGGAGGUCGUCCAAUACCUGGUCAAGGAUUGUGGGUCAGAUCCGAGCAUCAGAGCCAAUGACGGGAUGACACCUCUGCAUGCUGCGGCCCAGAUGGGUCACAACACCGUCAUUGUCUGGCUGAUGAGUUUCACAGAGAUCCGCCUGUCAGACAGGGACAGCGACGAGGCCACGGCCAUGCACUUUGCAGCCAGUCGAGGUCACGCUAAGGUGCUCAGCUGGCUGCUGCUGCAUGGCGGAGAGAUCGCCACUGACAAUUGGGGAGGAACCCCACUUCAUGACGCUGCAGAGAACGGUGAACUGGAGUGCUGUCAGAUCCUUGUGGUCAAUGGGGUGGACCUGGGCAUCAGGGACCAGGACGGUUUCACAGCAGCAGAUCUGGCUGAAUACAACGGCCACUCCCAGUGUGCCAAGUAUCUGCACACUGUGGAGAACAUGAGUGUGGAGCACCGUGUUUUGUCGCGGGACCCCUCAUUGGACCUCGAGUACAAGCAGCCAGACUCGGGCCUCUCUUCCCCAAACACCACCAUGCCCCCCAUCAGCCCGGCGGCACACUUUGACAUCAGUUCACCAUCCAGCUCCCUGUCCAACUACGACUCAGCCAACUCCAGCCAGUCUAGCACUGGGGAGAAAAGGAGCAGUCUAACGAUGUCACGAGGCCCGCCCGCUCAGCUGAACACGGUCGCACACACAGGUGCAUCAGAGACCGCCAUUUCAGACAUGCAGGCCUACAUGGACAUGCUGAACCCAGACAUUGGCUCUGACAUGCCCAAGAAGAAUGAAAGAGCAGCUGACACUGCCUCCAAGCCACCACCACCACCACCACCACCACCACCACCACCACCAACCUAUCCACCCCCACCUCCCCCACAGUCUCCUCCAGUGGCCCCUCCACCCCCGACCUACACAGCACCACAGCCCCCUCAGGAGCCGACAUCAGCGGAGUUCCUGAAGGUGAAAAGUAACUUGCGUCACGUGGAGAGCAACACUAGCAAGACGGAGCUGACUGUUGGAGAAAACCACGACAAACUGAGGCGUGCUGAUUCAAACAGGAGGUCAAGGAGCUUCAGCAAGCAGCCCAGCACUGGGGACUACUACAAGGCCCUAGGGAGCGACUUAGCCGAGCCCCAAGGAAGCAUGGCGCCCAACGAGGAGGGCUCUGUGUUAUUGGAGGAGCCUACCGACAGCCCCGCCCACAGCUCAGAGAAUGGCACCACAGAGGAAGCGGCAAUGCCCCCACCUCCGCCUCCUCUUCCCUCAAGCAAUCAGACACAGACACCACCUCCACCUCCUCCAUUGCCCCCAGAGACAGCAACCACCCAGAAUUACUCUGCCAGUAGCACCUCCUCCAACCAGCGACGUCUAUCUUCCUCAUCAGGAAGCACAAAAUCUUUCAACAUGAUGUCCCCCACUGGCGACAACUCGGAGCUGCUGGCAGAGAUCAAAGCAGGGAAGAGCCUCAAGCCAACACCUCACAGUAAAGGCUUCACCACUGUCUUUUCCAACAGUGGACCCACAGGCAACAACGAAACCACUGCAUCUCCACCAGAGACCCGCCCAUCUAGCCCACCAGCCAAGCCGUCAUCCCCUCCACCAUCUCAUACGUCUGUCACCUCACCACCCACCACCCCCAGUCCCAGUCCCAGCCCUACUGGUUCUGGGUCGGCCAGGACCAUGUCGACCUCUGCGAGCUACGAGCAGCUGUCCUCCAGUGCUGUUAUCAAUGGGAACAGUGGCGGAGCAGAGUCGGGGCGGAAGCUGAGCCUUGCCGAUGUGGAAGCGCUCGUGCCCACGCACGACGAACAGGGAAAAGCGAUCCCUGAAUGGAAGAGACAGGUGAUGGUACGAAAGCUUCAGGUCAAGAUGCAAGAGGAGGAGGAGCACAAGCGCAAGGUUGAAGAGGAGACUGCACGCCUGGCAUCGAUGCCGGCCUGGAGAAGAGACAUGAUGAAGAAGAAAAUGGACGAAGAGAGAUGUGACAGGGAACAAAAAAGACAAGUGGAGCAGCAGGCCAAACAAGUGAAAGAGAUGGAGGAGAAGACGGAGCUGGAGCGACUACGGAACCUGGGUUACGACGAGACCAAGCUGGCCCCCUGGCAGCGACAGAUCAUUCUGAAGAAAGGGGAUAUAGCCAAACAGUGAACUGGGCCGUCUCCCUCUCCAAUCCCCACCCUCACACACCACCCACUCCAAGGCCUUCACUGAACACCUCCCCAUCCCCGUUCCUCCACCCUGCGCUGUACACUGGACAGCGGGGAAGAGCUUGUUCCCUCUGCUCCCUGUCUUCGACCUCCAGAAACACAGGACCAUGCCGACCUGCUGUCCACGUCGGCUUUGAGGCUCAGCGUGGGUGGCAUAACGCACCACCCUCCCCUGACAGUCUCAUUGACACAAACUCUUGGUCUUUUAGUGCUAACAAUAACUAUGACAUGCGCUGAUUCUCCUCGCUUGAAACACUCGCUAUAAAUGCAUGUGUCCUUAACUGAAUUAAGGUUAUCUGUAGUAUCUGUACUCGUUUUCCUCUAAAUCAAUCGCAGCUAUUUCCCAUAGAAGAGUUACACAAACAAAGAGGUUUAUGGUAGAUUGAAGGGGCUACUUGUGAGCAUUUUGCCAUGGUUAAUUGCUUGUCUAUUUUCCCUCCAUUAGCCAUCCUCACCAUUAUGUAAUAAAUGGAAAAGUAGCUAUAUGACAGUUGUGUCAUCUGAAGGUGGCAUGGACAUACUCAGCAAAUGCUUAUUAAACCAUGAAGCAGCUAUGGCACCCUAUACGUAGACAAUAUGAUAUAUUUAUAAUGUUACAUUCUUAGUCAUGGGAUUUUUUCAUCACGCUCAUAGAAGCGCUUUCUAAAUGACUUCAAUUUACUGCCAGAGUUAUAAUCCUAUCACUGCUCAAGCUAACUCUGUUUUUUUAGAUAAGUGUGUUGUCAUUUCUCCGUGGAUUUGGAAUAUUGGUAUAUAUGAUAUUUUAAAUAAUGUAAAGAUUAUCUAGCUGUGCAAAUUACAUUUUAAAAAAUAUCACUAGAAAAAUGAACCAAUUUUAAUUUUUCUACAUGUGACCUAAAUGUUAAGCUAUUGUGAUCAUGAAUGUGAAUUGUUGCGUGGAUGUGUUGCAUUAAGAGUAUCGAGCAUGUUGUCAUGUAUUAUUAAGCACAUUUGAACCCAGGACCCUGGAAUUUCAGUGAAAAACAGAAGACAAACAAUGUGAGAACAAUCCUGCUAGAUUUCCUUUUGGACAUGACCUAUCAACAACAACAAAAACAACAACAUGCACAUGUGACGAGCAGCAUCCAGAUGCCUCAUCUGCACACAGAAUAUAGGCAGAGAAAAGACCUCAGUUUGUCCUGCGUCCUGUUCCGGCCUUCGCACUAACCUGCCGGAUAAAUCUUUGAUGAGCAGAUCUGCUUACAGAAUACAGAUUCUCAGAUUGCUCUCUGUUGGCCAGAAACAGGCGUAACAUUAAAAUGUACCUUUCCUUAGAUAAUGUCAGCAGUAUAUUCAUAAUCUGCAGUUGCAGGUGUGAAAAGUCCAGUUUCAAUACUCAAACAUUGAAUUAUAAUAAGAUUAACCAGACUUGUCCAUUGUAUAAUUCACAUUUGGGCAAAUACUUUUUAGGUGACAGAACUGACACAAAGGGUUGAUAAUUAUACAGCAAAUAUGAUUCAUAAUUUCUAAAGUGUUACUUCCAGUUCCAGGUUUUCAAACAUUCCUAGGAUUCACACAUCAAUGUGGGGUUAAAUAUUGAAAUGUGGGAAAGCUGUAUUGAGUGUGUGUUUGUGAGUAACAUUUGAAAUGUUAGCAUGAAUCUGUGACAUUUAAGAGUAACUGAAGCUCACAAUCAUGUCGGAUGUCUCUUGCUGAGCGUGACGCAUAAGUGUUCCCACACAAUGGAAAAUAUUCUCUAUGUUCACUACAUUUAUGUUGGAUGUACAUUUUCGCAGCUGUAUGGUAUCAAGCUAACACAUCAUGUCUUGAAAGUCGGGGUCCUGGUUGGGGAAUCAUUUGGAAAUAUUCAAAUUCACUUUCAUCGGAUGCCAUAUGAUGUUGAAAUUAAAAAUGAUGUAAACAUCAUUGCCAUUUGAUUUUCUAUAUAUAUUUAAACUGUAUAUAGUGACCCUCUCAGAUUGUUGUUGUUUCAUUGUUUCCAUAUUGCAUUAUAUUACAUGUCUCAGCCUUGCUUGAAUAGAAUGUUGGCUAAUUCAUGUAUAAUUAUAUUUUCAGACUGUUAAAUUAAGACAAUAAAUCUUUAA